AUGGAGCCGAAGAAGUCCUCUCCUCAGCACCAGCCCCACGCCAUGGAGCCCAAGAAGUCCUCUCCCCGCGGCGCCGGGGCCGCCGCCGCCGCCGCCACCGAAGCCGAGUCCCCGUUGAGCAGCUUGUUCUACCCCCCGGCGCCCGCGGCAAAUGGGAAAGAUCAGGACUUGUACAGCAUUCUUUACAAAGGACAGAGCGGGAGCGCACAAGCUGGCGUGACAGAUGGUAAACCGUCUCCUUCCAAAAGUCGUACCGCGUACGCAAAGGAUGGUAAACAUUCACCGCCUUAUGAUUCAGUUGAUACGUCAUGUUUUGGAUCAUCUGUGCAUUAUGGUGGUCGAGAAUAUUUCUACGGCAGCUCUACAACCAAGAAAGCAACAGAAUCCUCAACUGAUUACAAAGGGGACAAGAAAGAUCCAGCCGCAGAUUCUCAUGGCGACUGGUGGCAAGGCUCAUUUUAUUACUAA